AUGGCGGCCAGAGCGGACGCAAGUUGGCUCUUGACAAAGAUUUUUGUUGUUUUAAUUAUUGGUAUACUUGUAAAGAAGCCACUGUUCACAAAUAGUGAAGUUUCAACAAAUCUAACACGAGUGGAUGCUGCAAUUUCUUUUGUUUUGAUAGCAGGAGAUAAUGAAACGUGCCCAGGACCACAAGCCGAUGGAAAUGUUGGUAGAUUAACAGAUUUUACUUUCAGAAAAGGAGUAAAAUUGUUUCACCAAAACUGUAGAGGUUUGACGAAUUGUUUACCAAAUCUUACGGCUUUAUUUUCGGAGAGAAAAACUCAAUUUCAUCUCUCUCAGAGACAUAUUGUACACGAAAGCGAUAGCUUGUUUUGUAUUCUGGGGUUCCAGUUUGUAGAAAAGAGACAAAAAACUGGCCAAGGGGGGGGGGGGGGUGUUGCUAUAUACGUAUCGGAGAAUAUAAACUGGAAACGACGAGAAGACCUUGAAUGUGAAUUUUUAGAAAACAUUUGGAUCGAAAUAUGCCCGGAAAAAGCGAAGCAUUAUCUAAUUUGCUGUAUGUACCGACCCCCGGACAAUUCACUUCACUUACACAAGAAGUGGAAAGAAUAUUUUCAAUAUACGCUUGAGACCGUUAACGACCUAUCGCUAGAAGUUAUCAUUAUGGGCGACCUUAAUGUUAACUAUAAAAAUAAAAAUGAUCAUUCAGAAUUUAAAGAGCUAAUGGCUGUCCAGGAAUUUAACCAGUUGGUAACAGCGGCUACGAGAACAAUAAGAGAAACAAGCACCCUUAUAGAUUUGAUUUAUACAAACAAUCACUCGCUAAUUCGUUCCACAAAAGUUAUACCCUUGAGUAUUGGCGAUCACGAUUGCGUCGCUUGCGUUCGAAGACACACUGGUCAAAAACUUCCACCAAAAGUAAUUACUUGUCGUAAUUAUACCAACUACAACCACGAUGAUUUUUUAAAAGAAUUAAAUAAACAAAAUUGGAAGCAUCUGUACACAUUGACUGAUGUAAUUAGUGCGUGGAGUUAUUUUAAAAAUAUUUUGUUAACCGUAAUCGAUAAACACGCGCCGCUCAUACAAAAGAGAGUGAAGGCAGGCAAGUGCCCGUGGUUAGGGAAGUCGGGAAACAAUGGCACAUGUACAUCGGCUGCAGAAAACCUAACAAAAGCUGGUAGUUUUUGUUCAUAUUUUUCCACAUGUGCAAAUAAACUUAAAUCUGUUGCACUGCCAAUGAAGGAAUUUAUGUGGGGUAAGCGAAGUGAAGUGAAUGAAAGUACGAAUUCUGUUUUUGCGUUCACUUACGUUUCAAAUGUAUUUGUUGAAAGUCAGCUGAAGAAGUUGCACCGCAAGAAAGCUACAGGUUAUGACCAAAUACCAUCAGGACUUUUAAAAGACGGAGCCACAGCGUUAUCAAGUCCCUUAUCGUUCAUCAUCAACUUGUCGCUAAAAACAGCCACCAUGCCAACUGAAUGGAAGUUGGCGAAAGUCAUCCCACUCCACAAGGGUGGAAAAAUGGACAAAAUGUCACACUAUCGACCGAUCUCUAUCCUCCCGGUCAUAUCUAAAAUGAUGGAGAGAGCUGUUUAUGUUCAACUUGUGAACUAUCUUGAAGAAAAUGAAAUUUUAACACCCAACCAAUACGGAUACAGGAAAAAACGAUCCACCGAAUUAGCUACACUCUAUCUGACAGAGGAAAUCAGGAAGGAGAUGGACAAAGGGAAUUUAACAGGUGCGCUUUACGUUGACCUGUCGAAGGCUUGCGAUACUUUAAGCCACUCCAUUCUCCUGUCAAAACUAAGAAGUUAUGGAGUCAAAGGUUUGUCACUAAACUGGUUCGCAGAAUUCUUGUUUAACCGCGCCCAGAUUUGUAAAGUAAAUGGUCCAUGGUCUAAGCCCAACCCCCUUGUUUUGGUAGUACUAAACUUUGCGGACGAUGCCGUGUUAUACAUUGGACGAAAAACAAGUCAGCAACUUGAGAUCGCUUUCAACGCUGAAUUGAAAAACGUAAACAGGUACUUCAUUGAAAACGAACUUGUAUUAAAUCUGAAGGCUGGAAAAACCGAAUCGAUGAUAUGCGGCACUCGCAAAAAUUUGAAUAAAAACGGAUCAACCUUGGAAAUCAACGGAAAGCUAAUUAACGCAACCACCGAAUAUCGAUAUCUUGGGACUGUUCUCGACCAGACUUUGUCAAUGAACCAUUACUUUAUAAGUCUUUACAUGAAAAUGUCUGCCAAGCUUCGUUUACUACUCUCAUUGAAAUCCAACUUAACGAACAAUGCCAUUACUAAAAUCUAUGUCGGAAUGCUGCUGCCAACGCUUCUUUACUGCUGUACUACAAACCUGAAUCUUACCAACGGCCAGCAAAAUAAGCUUCAAUCGCUUAAUAGAAGAAUUGCUAAGGUGACAGAGAAACGUCAAGUACCAAUUAUGAAUGAAAUAAAGAAACAUGCUGUCAUGCUCGUCAGAAAAUGCUUGGACAAAGCAGUGUGUAGCAAAUUUGAAGAUUUCUUCGAGAUAAGAUUGCACAGUAGAAACACCCGAAACAACAAUUACUUACUGACAAUACCUAGAGUGAGACUUGAAGUAAAUAGAACUGGUUUUAAAUUUAUGGGAUCAAAGAUUUAUAAUGACUUGCCAAUCGAAAUUCGAAAAUUGGAUACUUUACCAAGUUUUGUAAGAAACACUAAAAGCUAUUUUGACCUGUCAUAA